ACUCCAGCGAAUAGUUUUAUCAAGUUUUUUAUAGUUCAUACGAUAUUUAGUGUACAUAUUUAGUUUUAACGAUUAUCAUCAUGGCAGGGUAAGCAAAUUACUCAAUUGGUUCCAGGUCCUGACUUGUACUUUUAAUUAAUGCUUUAACUUAAUUGUUUCAGGGGGUUCAUUUGUCCUCAAUGUAAGAGAACCUUUAGUCAGCAAAGCAGUUUGACACGCCAUUUACGACGACGGAAAAACGGAAAGUGUCCUCGCUUCGAUCCAGCUGUAACGGUCGAUGGUGUGUCAAGUUAUCCAUGUAUAGUAAAGGAUUGUCCACAAGUGUUCACCACGUCUGACGAGCGAACCCUUCAUUAUAAACGUGAUCACACGACGUCAAUAAGAAACGGUGAGCAACCCAACACGUGGAAAUGUGACAGCUGUGACGUAUUCUUUUGUGAUGCACAAAUGCUUAGAUAUCAUAUGUCACUCCAUGGCGCUAAUUCAAAUUUUGAAGCCUUCCAGAAGAAAAUACAUAGGACUGGGGAGCUGCAGGAGGAUGGCACAAUAAAGUACUUUUGUGACUAUGAGAAUUGCGACAAAAGUUUCUCCAGCUCCAGCAAACUAAACAAACAUCACAACAUAAGUCAUGCCUUGGUACCACUGCUUACUCCUCUGGGAAAGAGUUUCAAGACACGACGCUCUCCACUAAUCUCUGGGCAUAGUUUUACGUUGAGAGAACUUCUUCCCAGAAACCUGGCGCAUUCGAAAUUCGAAGCAGAACAAAAAUGGAUAUUCGAGUGGUUAACUGCUCGAAUGGGGCAAGUAGUCAAAAACCAUGCUGCGCGAGGGUCCUACGUGUACAUUGUCGGGGUGCUGGGUCCUAAAUAUCACCAGGGUCUGGAUGUUUUGACAUUCAUUAAGGAAAACCCGGACCAGCUAAGUCUCUAUUUUGGCAGGAGUUCGGGCGCCUCUUCUCCGGAUAUCAAUCCUUACCAUCGAAUUCUUGACUCCCCCCUUUUCCAACCCGACCCCACCUGCCCUGGCCGGUUCCUGGAAGUUGUUUUAUUUGGACGCAAAUUUGUAGAAGGAACUUUUGAAGAACGAACAAAUCUAUUUCGUCAAAUAGAAGCGAGAUACAUUGAAUUGGCUUUAAACGAUGCAGAGUUUGAACCAGCCCCUGGCAUCCCCCAAUACAAGAUUUUGAAUCAAAGAAGAGAGCGCCAUGAGAUGAUGGAUUUACCCGAUGGGAAGAUCCGGAAGGAGAUCAAGCACAGUGUUAGAGGAGUGACUUUUCUGUGUCUUAAAGAAGAAUGUGAUGAUCCAAAGUGUUUCGCCUAUAUACACCCUGACUGGAAGGCUGACUUGAAAGUCGAUAUGUCAAAACGUCGACGAUCCGCCGAGGAGGAAGAUGACUCCACGGAGGAACAAAUGGAGGUUGAUGAGCCAGAACCUGGAACCGGUGACGAAAUGGAGACGAGCGACUCUGAUAACGAUGACUGGAUUGAUAGUCAACCAGAACCUGGCGCCGUUACUGUCAAACUCCCUCGCCCCAUGAACCCACAGGACAUCGAGGUGGAGGUGGAUCGUCGAUUCAAAGAAUUUAAAGAGAAAGUGGCCAGCUUUGACCCCUCCCACACGGUCUAUACUGUAAUCACAACGGACAACAACGAUUUUGAUCCAUCGAAGAGUGCACCCGAAAUAUGCAAACAGGUCAUCACCAGACAGAAGGAAGAUCUGCACAUUGGAGACUAUACGGGGGUAAACAGCACAGAAAAGGAGGCCGAAUAUCAUUCGAAUAAUCCACGUAGCAGUUUGAACACAUCCAUCAACAACAACCGAACGGGCAUCCGCAUCGCGACACAGAACUUUGCAACCAGGGUCCUGGCGAGAAAGGCGGAAGCACUUCGUUUGCUCCACAGCUUCCUUCACAUGAGGUUUAGAGCAAACGGGAUCAACUUUGACAUAAUCAAUCAGCGUAUGGAGUGGCAGUGGCUUGCCUUGUGCUCCGAAGAGGAGAUCAAACGGUGCAUCCGGUUGGCGUGGCUGGGCAUUCCACCAGUGGUAUUUGAGGAACUUUCGGAAGACUGCAAAUUUGAACACGGAGAGUAUCCUGUAAAUUUGUGUCGCCAGGUGCUGGUCGGAAAAGUAGAGAAAAUUGAUGUCAACUAACUUGUUAUUCUUCUAUAAGUACAAAAUGAAUUAUUUAUUAACCUUUGUUAUUGGUUUUUUGUUCUCGCGCACCGAUUUUUGUUGGAAUAAAUACUUUAUUUAGUUGUAAAACUAUG